ACACACAAGGCUGGUUGCCCAGCCUCACUGGCUAGAUGCACAAGAGCCCAUCUUGGGAGGAGGGCUAAGAACUCCCUCGAAAGGGUCCCAGAGGCGGCCUCUGAGUCUGGAGUGGCUGCAGGAUUUCAAGCAGCCUGGAGGACUCUUGUGGCCAGGGUCCCACCAACAUGAGAAACUCCAGAGGCUCCAGUUCUCAUCUGAGCCCAUCAUCAAACUAGGGUUGGUGAGGCCACCCUCAGCAAGGAGGCCAGGAAUCACGGACCUGUGUGGUGGGGAAGUCUAUCCCUAUGGAGGUUCUGGACUCUCUGGAAAGUGGCUCCAGGUCUAGCCAGGGGCAGGCGGAAGCCAUGGACCCUUCGCCUACCGCUGCAAGCCGAACAGUGGAAGAAGGGGCAUCUGCAGCGGAGUGUCCCAUUUGCUACCUCUCCUUUGACGAUGUCUUCAGGGCCCCUCGCCUCCUGCCUUGCUCCCACACUUUCUGCUUGGAGUGCCUGGCCAGGCUGUGCGUCUUCCUCAAGCCAAGCCAGAGAUUCCAGUGCCCGCUCUGCAGGGGGAGCGUCCCCUUACCCUACGGAGGAGUCCCCAGGCUUCCGGUCAACAUGGACAUCAUCCAGCAGUUCCCCCCGUGGAUGAGGGAGGUUCAGGAGGUCUGGCUGGACGGCUUCCAUCUGUGCUGGCGCAGGAAGCUGCCAGGGAAUGCAAAAGAAGAAGAGGCCUUUGCGGUGCUCGUGACCGUGGAAUUGCUCAAGGCUGCCGCGCCCCGAGGGUCUGACCCCAGGGAGCUCGUUGUCGUCCACCCCGUAUCCAGAUGCUGGGAAACGUGCUGCCUCUUGUGGGACCACUACCCUGGACUCUUCUGUGCCGCUGCCCUGAUGGUCUUGGGGGUCUUGCUGUCCACAGCCCUAAUGUUCGGAUUGCAGCGCUAAUGCUGGAGGUUGCAGCGCUGAGCUGAGCUUGGCUGCCUGCCUUCUAUCAGCUCCAGUGCAAGGCUGCUCACUUGCUUUGGGUAGGGUGGCCAUUUGCAUAUGCAAAUGAGCACAUCUCUCUCUCUCUCUCUCUCUCUCUCUCUCUCUCUCUCUCUCUCUCUCUCUCUCAUUAUAAGUGAGUGGUGAAGUUUAAGAUUAAGCAGGUUAAGUGAACACUUUGCCCUACAGAUGCAAGUGCACCAGAGGAACAAAAAGGGGCACAUUUAAAAAUCUACCCAAAAACACUGGAUUCUGCAGUCUGUGGAAACAGGCAGAUUGUGUGUUUUUCUGUGAUUCUGCGGUGGUGUCAAAACUCCAGGACCCUCCAGCCUGGGCCCCUCACCUCAGGCUCCUGGAAGUUAUGCUCAGAGCACUCCCUCCAGCCUCUUCAGUCUUUCCACCUCCUUCCCACUUGUUUUAAGCCUUUUCCACCCUGAGGGCUAGAAACAGGCCAGUCAGCAGCCACCAGCCCAAAGGACUCCUCCCUGCCUUGAGCUGCUGUGUCCUCUCCCUCCAUGUGUGGGCCACUUGCCUAGGAGUGGCGUGCAGACACCCAUGGGUGCCAAAUGCUUCUCCCAUCUUGGGUGGCCACGUAGCUGCCUCCACCUCCCUGCAGCUCCAGGCUCUGAGGAAAGACCAAGCUGUGACUGGGGGUCCUGAGCCACAGAAGUUUGCAGGUCAACAUUUACAAGAGCUUUCCUGCUGCUGCAAUAGCAAACUGUGGCAGCGACCUCGCACAGAAAGACCUUGGAAGAAAGCAUUUCCUCGCCACCACACACAUGCCUCGUUCCUUUCUUAAGAGUCCAGGCAAGGCUGCAGAGAGGUGGAGGCAGGCAGGGACCAUGUGGCCACCAGAGAUGGGUGCCAACUUGCAUGGUCUGAAGGAGGGAAGAGGAGGGAGCAAUUUGCGGCUCUGCCUCCUGGCCUUGAGCUUUCCCUUCGCUCAUGGGUUGUUAGAAGAACUGAACUUGCUUCUUUCCUCCUCCCUCCCAAAUCUGUUUUCCUUUUAUACCAUGCCUUUAAGAACUGUAAGCCUGAGGGGCAGUGACUGUUUUGUUUGUUCUGAUCCAUAAGCUGUUCUGGGAACCUUUGGGGUCUGAAGAGUGAGAUUUUUUUAUAUAUAAAAAUUGGCGGGU